AUGGCUCAAGACCCUCGUGCUCUGCUGUUGAAGGCCGACAAGACGCUGCAAGGUGCUAGCGGCGGCUUCAGCUUCUUUGGCGGCCGAGAGGACAAGUAUCAGAAUGCCGCCGACUUGUAUGUCCAGGCUGCCAACGCCUUCAAGAUGCAGAAGCAGGAUCUCGAAGCCGGCAAAGCUUUUGAAAAGGCCGCCGAGGUCUUCACCAAGAACCUCAACGAACCCGACGACGCCGCCAACAGCCUGAUCGAUGCCUUCAAGGCCUACAGAAAGACCGACCCUCAAGCGGCCGUCCGAUGCGUGAAGGUGGCGAUCCAGCGUUACUGCGCCAAGGGAAACUUUCGAAGAGCGGCCAGCCAGCAGGAGGCUCUCGCCGACGUCUACGAGCAGGAGCUCGGCGACACCAAAAGCGCCCUGGAGGCGACCGAGUCUGCUGCUUCGUGGUACGAAGGCGACAAUGCCACCGCCCUCGCGAACAAACUCUGGAUCAAGGUCGCCGACAUGGCCGCCCUCGAGGGUGACUACUACAAGGCCAUUGAAAACUACGAAAAGGUCGCCACGGUGUCGAUUGACAACAACCUCAUGAAAUACAGCGUCAAGGACUACUUCCUCAAGGCCGGCAUCUGCAGCCUCGCCAGCGGCGACAUGGUCGCCACGCACCGCGCGCUAGACAAGUACCGCGAGAUGGACCCCUCGUUCGCCACGCAGCGCGAGCACCUGCUCCUUGUCGACCUGUGCGAGGCGGUUGAGGCCAAGAGCCAAGAGCAGUUUACUGACAAGCUCUUCCAGUAUGAUCAGAUGAGCAAGCUCGACAAGUGGAAGACGAGCAUGCUGGUCAAGGUCAGGGACGGCAUCGAGGAGGCGGAUGACGAGUUUGCGUGA